CAGCUACCUAGAUUGAGUUAAAUAGUCAGCGUGCAGGUAUACAUGUUCGUCUUUCAUAAAAAUUAUCACGAUGGGAUACUGCUUAGUAAGGAGAAAGAUUAUACUCAUUUCCAUCAUAUGGAUAUUCAGCAUGUUACUUUUUCCAAUGAUAAAUAGAGCAACUUCAACGUCCACUAAAGCAAUAUUUGAAAGAGAAAAUCAUACUUAUUUCGCGAAUAAACUUCUUCAAGAUAAGAUACACUUGAGAAAAGUAUCUACAAGGAGCGACGGAAAUCAGUCAUUUAUAAAAUACACAAGAAUUGAAAGUGUCAGCACUGAUGUCAUAUCACAUUUUAAAAACCAAACGGUACUUCGAACCAAGAAUACCAACAAAGAGAUACUACAUGUAUGUAAAUGCGGAUGUUGCCAGCAGAAAGGGAAGAGUGUCACUAUUGUAACUGCGCUGUUUGAUAUAGGAAGAAAACGUUGGCCGUCAUACGAACGGACCUACCAAGAGUAUCUCACUUUCGCUCAAAAUGUCCUUAAACUUGACGUGAAUUUAGUAUUUUACGUUGAGGAAAAAGGACGCUAUUUUGUUGAAAGACAUCGACAGGGAAAGGAGCACAAAACUGAAGUCAUUCUCACUGAAUUAAACAAUUUUACAUUUUAUCACUAUCUAAGUCAAAUGGAAACUGUCAUGGGAUCAAAGGAAUUCAAAUCCAACCACGAACAAUUGAAUAAUCCUGAAGGAUUUUCACCAUUAUAUAAUUUUCUCAUGAGUGCAAAAUUCUUCAUCAUGUAUGAAACGACACUUCGAAAUACAUUUCAUUCUGAUUAUUUCUUUUGGAUGGACGCUGGUUAUGGUCACGGCAACAGCGACAUCUUUCCACCUGAGGACUGUCCCUGGGCCCCUUGCAACAUUCUAAACAAUACCAUUUCAUAUGUAAAACUCGAGCCUGUCGAUAUCUAUAAACCAGACAUCAAUCGAUUGUAUAAAAUGGCUGUAGCUCCAGUUAUUAGUGGCGGUUUUUUCGGAGGAUCUAAGAAAGCCAUACAAAACUUUUAUAAACUUUACAAAGAUGUUUUGGAGGACUGGUUGAAAAAUGGCAGGAUAGAUGACGAUCAAACUGUUGCUUUGGCUUGUUAUUUUAAAAGGCCAAGCUUGUUUAAUCUUGUUCCUGGCGGUUGGGAUGACGUAUUUAAAUUGUUUAGAUAACUGGGUUGUUUCAUCGGUAAAGGUCU